GGGCCAUGGCUGAGCGGGUGCUGGUGAUCGGCAGUGGAGGCAGAGAGCACGCCCUGGCCUGGAAGCUGGCCCAGUCCCCCCACGUGAAACAYGUGUUUGUGGCUCCAGGAAAUGCAGGGACAGCUGACAAUGGAAAAAUCUCCAAUUCAGCUGUAUUGGUGAGCAAUCACACUAUUGUUAUCCAGUUCUGCAAAGAUCAUAACAUUGGGCUUGUCUUAGUUGGCCCAGAAGCUCUUUUGGCAGCUGGGAUUGUGGAUGACCUGAGGGCAGCGGGAGUUCGGUGCUUGGGGCCCUGCRCCAAGGCAGCCCAGCUGGCCUCCAACAGCAGCUCCAGCAAAGCCUUCCUGGAGCGCCACGGGAUCCCCACGGCACGCUGGAGAGCCUUCCACGAGCCRCAGGAAGCCUGCAGGUUCAUCAGCAGCUCAGACUUCCCUGCACGAGUGGUGCGGGCRCGGGGUCCAGCAGCCAGGAAAGAAGUGACCAUUGCAGCCAGCAAGGAGGAGGCCUGCAGAGCCGUCCAGGAGAUUAUGCAGGACAGAAUGUUUGGAGAGAUGGUUGUUAUUGAAGAACUGCUUCAAGGGGAAGAACUUUCUUGCUCCUGUUUUACCGACGGUGUCACCGUGGCUUCCAUGCCCCCGGCUCAGCCCCACAAGCGGCUKCUGGAGGGGGACCAGGGCCCCCCCACUGCAGGGAUGGGAGCCUAUUGCCCCGUGCCUCAGGUUCCAGAAGCUCUUCUCGAGCAGAUCAGGGAUGCAAUCCUGCGGCACAUCGUGGACAGCCUGAGACAAGAAGGAGCAGCCUAUGCAGGUGUGCUGCAAACAGGUUUGAUGCUGACCAAAGAGGGAGUGAAGGUUUUAAACUUUAAAUGCCAGUUUGGGGAUCCCCAGUGUCAGGUAAUUCUCCCUCUGCUUAAAAAUGAUUUUUAUGAAGUGAUUCAAGCAGCAAUUGAUGGCAAACUCUGCAGCUUCAUGCCAGCCUGGUCAGAGGACAGAACUGCUGUGUGUGUGGUGAUGGCCAGCCCGGGAUACCCAGGAGACUCUGACAAAGGCAUGGAGGUAACAGGGCUCCUGCAAGCCAAGGAGCUGGGGCUGCAGGUGUUCCAUGGGGGCACAGCGCUGAAGGAUGGCAGGGUGGUGACAAAUGGUGGCAGGGUCUUGUCCGUCACUGCCGUCAAGCAAGAUCUGAUUGAAGCCCUGGGAGAGGCCAACAGGGGCGUGGCCACCAUCCACUUCCAGGGRGCUACCUUCAGGAGGGACAUCGGGCAGCGGGGCCUGCGGCUGCUCCAACAGCCCCUGGCCCUGAUGUACAAGGACAGACACGUGGCAGCUGUGACCAGGGACAUUUGGAGUAUGCCACAAACAUCAGCUGUGACAGGCACCAGGGCAGGAGGCCGCUCAGAAGGAGGAGGCUUUGCUGCUUUCUUUGACCUGAAGGCGUCUGGGUACGAUGAUCCCAUCCUGGUGUCUCAGACCAAGGGACUGGGACCCAAACUGCAGGUGGCCCAGGUCUGUAAAAGACACGACACCAUCGGGCAGGACCUGGURGCCCUGUGUAUCAAYGACCUCCUGGCCCAGGGAGCCGAGCCCCUCUUCUUCCUCAGUCACUUGGCCUGCGGCAAACUCGAUGCUGAAGUGWUGGAAACAAUCAGAGAAGGAAUAGCUGAGGCUUGCAGGAGUGCAGGGUGUGCUUUCCUGGGUAUGGACACUCCUCUCCUCUGGGAUUUGGGGGCUCUGAGGUUGAAUUUAUCACUACAGAAAUGGACUUGGGAGGCAGAAAAUGGCCCAGGAGUUGUUGGUUUCUAUGCUCUCAGCUGGAAGAUCCCUGAAAUCUUUUGCUGGCUGUACAAAGAGGGGAAUCUCUCUGCAGAGGAGAUGGCUCAGACCUUUCCCUGCGGGAUCGGGGCUGUCUUGGUGGUGCAGAAGGACCUGGCCCAGCACGUUCUCCAGGACAUCCAGAGGCAUCAGGAGGCCUGGCUGAUUGGGAAGGUGGUUGCCCCUUGUCACACAGCAGGCUCUCACAUUGAAGUGGAGAACCUUGCAGAGGCUCUGCAGCUGAGCAGCCCCCAGCAGCUGCUGAGCAACACCACUGCCCAGAGCCAGCCCCAGCCCAGAAAGAGAAAGGUGAAGGUGGCUGUCCUUGUCUCUGGAGCAGGCUCAACGCUGUCAGCGCUCAUUGGCUCGGCCAGGGAGCCGGGCAGCUGUGCCCAGCUGGUCCUAGUCAUCUCCAACAAAUCUGGAGUGGAGGAGCUACGGAAUGCAGCCCGGGCUGGAAUUCCCACCAGGGUGAUCGAUCACAAGUUGUAYGGGAGCCGCUCAGAAUUCGACAGCACCAUUGACCGAGUGCUGGAGGAAUUCUCUGUGGAGCUCAUCUGUCUGUCAGGAUUCACCAGAGUUCUGUCCAGCGCUUUUCUCCGAAAAUGGAAAGGGAAAAUUCUGAAUGCUUCUCCAUCACUUUCUCCACUCAUCAAGGAUGGAAGCACUCAUCAGGAGCCCCUGGAAGGUGGAUUCAAAGUCACUGGCUGCACCGUGCAUUUCGUCCUGGAGGAGCCCGGCGCCGGGGCCGCGAUCCGGCGGGAGCCGCUGCGGCCGCGGCCGGGGGAGGCGGAGGCGGCGCUGGCCGAGCGGCUGCAGGAGGCCGCGCUCWGCGCCUUCCCCCGCGCCCUGCAGCUCGUGGCCAGCGGUGCCGCCUGGCUCGGAGYCCACGGACGGACCUGCUGGAGGCGGGACAGCCACCGGCCGAGCCCGCAGGAGGAGCAGGGGCACGGAGCGUGCUCCCCUGCGGCUGCAGAGCCCCAGGAACACGACGGGCUCUGGGCAGGUCCUUGAGGGGCUCSGCUCUGCUCCUCUGCCCUCCUCUGCCCUCCUCCUCCAUGUGCUUCUCUUUGAUGUGUCAGUGUCCCAAGUUUCCAUUCCCAGCCUUCUCCCUGAGCUCACAGSUUUUGUCACACCCGCUUGGAGUAGUGAUGGUGGGAGCGGGGCUGGCUUUUCAGCGUUGGAAUUCCUUUGUUCUGUUUUUUCACCUGUCAAGGAGAAAAUGUGUUACAAGGAAAGUACUCAGCUGCAAAACUGGUCUGGGAAUUUGUUCCUCCAAGGGAUCCAUUUCUGUGGCAGAGCCCCGGGAGCUGUCCAGAGCAAUCCAAAUCAAGACCUGCUGUCAAGGGUGGGACAACAAAGUCAUGGAGCUGCUGGAGCCACUCCAGAGGAGGCACAGAGYUGCUCCAGGGCUGGAGCCCCUCUGGAGCCAGGCUAGGAGAGCUGGGGGUGCUCAGCUSGSGUAGRGAAAGAUCCAGA